AAAAUGGUCAAAAAAGAGGGAGCAGGCAGCGCGCCCUACUCCAGUCCUACACCGAUCCAGUGAUCCGAUCCGCCCUUCAAUCCUCCUCUCCUCUCCUCGUCCUUGGCUGUUUGUUAGUUAAUUGGUUAAAAGAGUAUUUUUUUUUUUGCCUUUUCCUCCGGUCCAGAUUGGAUCCCGCCUAUCCUCCUCCUCCUCUCCUCCUCCUCUCCGCCCUCAAAUUAUUCGCGGUUCAAGAAAUGGCAAUGGCCAGCAGCAUCGCCAGACGAAAGGCCGCCUCGCCUUUUCUGUCCCCCAAAAAUAUCAAGUCCUGCUAUUCUCUUUUUCUCACCACCAGAGGCUUCGCUUCCGCCUCUGAUGACAACGACGUCGUCGUCAUCGGUGGUGGACCCGGCGGAUAUGUCGCCGCCAUCAAAGCUGCCCAGCUCGGUCUCAAAACCACCUGCAUCGAGAAACGUGGCUCUCUCGGCGGCACCUGUCUCAACGUCGGCUGUAUUCCUUCCAAGGCACUUCUUCAUUCGUCACACAUGUUCCAUGAAGCCAAGCAUUCUUUUGCCAGUCAUGGAGUGAAACUCUCUUCUGUUGAAGUUGAUCUACCAGCUAUGUUGGCCCAGAAAGAUAAAGCUGUGUCGAACUUGACCCGAGGUAUUGAAGGUCUGUUCAAGAAGAACAAAGUCAACUAUGUUAAGGGUUAUGGCAAAUUUCUCUCCCCUUCGGAGGUUUCUGUUGACACCAUUGAAGGUGGUAAUACUGUUGUGAAAGGGAAGAAUAUAAUAAUCGCCACUGGUUCUGAUGUCAAGGGUCUACCCGGUGUAGCCAUUGAUGAGAAGAGAAUUGUGUCAUCAACUGGUGCAUUGUCCUUGUCAGAAGUCCCCAAGAAACUGGUUGUUAUUGGAGCUGGGUAUAUUGGCCUUGAAAUGGGCUCUGUUUGGGGGCGUCUUGGCUCUGAGGUAACUGUUGUUGAAUUUGCACCUGAUAUUGUUCCAACCAUGGACGGCGAAAUCCGCAAACAAUUCCAGCGUGCCCUUGAGAAGCAGAAGAUGAAAUUUAUGCUCAAAACCAAGGUUGUAUCAGUUGACACUGCUGGGGAGACAGUGAAGUUGACGCUCGAGUCAGCUGAUGGUGGUAAACAGAGCACUCUUGAAGCUGAUGUUGUCCUUGUAUCCGCAGGAAGAAUUCCGUUUACUGCUGGACUUGGAUUGGACAAGAUAGGUGUUGAAACUGACAAGGCUGGUCGGAUCCUAGUCAACGAAAAAUUUGCCACAAAUAUCCCUGGGGUAUACGCUAUUGGUGAUGUUAUUCCAGGACCAAUGUUGGCGCACAAGGCAGAAGAGGAUGGUGUUGCAUGUGUGGAAUUCAUUGCAGGGAAGGAAGGUCACGUGGAUUAUGAUAUGGUUCCUGGAGUUGUUUAUACACACCCUGAGGUGGCAUCUGUUGGAAAAACUGAGGAGCAGGUGAAGGCCCUCGGGGUCCAAUAUUGUGUUGGAAAGUUCCCUUUCAUGGCAAACAGCAGGGCCAAGGCAAUUGAUGAUGCCGAGGGAAUUGUCAAGAUACUUGCAGAGAAGGAGACUGACAAGAUAUUGGGUGUCCAUAUAAUGUCACCGAAUGCUGGGGAGCUUAUUCACGAGGCUGUGCUAGCUUUGCAGUAUGGGGCAGCAAGUGAGGAUAUUGCUCGUACUUGCCAUGCACAUCCCACAAUGAGUGAGGCUCUUAAAGAAGCUGCCAUGGCAACAUAUGACAAGCCCAUUCACAUAUAGAUGCCUUAUAUCUUGUUAUUAUUGCUUUAUUUUCCCUCUGAGAAUUAUGAUGACUUGGAAAGGCUUUCUGAUUCCUUCCUGUUACUUUAGUACAUCACUUGAUUGAAAAAUAUCUACUUUUCUUGUUGCUCUUCCCUCAUCUGGGAUCGAAGUACCGAGUGGGAAUAUUUCCUCUUCGCAUGUUGAUAUGCAAAAUAACCUAGAGGUGGACAUGGAUUUAAACAUUUCUGAGUUACUCUGCACUAAUUUCACGGCUA